AAAAUGUUCCCACUCGACUCCAUGCCAAGGCUAAAGAGUGACUGCAAAACCGGGGACAGGCUCGAUAGCCAGAAACAGUGAUUUCCGCAGCUUUUCCUUCUGAUUUUUUCUGACGGAUUCGUUUGAACGGCUCCUGUUUGCUCAGCUGGACAUAAUCAUGAUAAUCAUUGAGAACUUUCCGUUGACUUGUAGUGUUGGGAUAAGGACACCCUGGGUAGAUCUACUGACUGUCUCGGAUUGGGCUACCGGUAGCAGCAGUUGGUUGCAUCUCGUCGCGGAGUCGCCAAGGCCGUAAGGCUCUGCUCGUAGAAUCUGGUCACUAGUCUGUACGUGUGUCAGUCACAGCCUAGCUACUGUGAAUUAUGAAGUGAGUGUUGGCGCCUCCAAUGCCGGCAAUGGCUUCGUUUCAUUCAAAUCCCGAAGUAGCUGAUGUUGAUGUUGAAGAGCAGCGGUCCAUCCUGCACCACGCGCUCUCCUCGGAUUUCCAGUUUGUCCGAGUGUUAGCCCAUGGCUCUCAGGGUAGCGUAUUCGCUGUGCGGUGCACGCUGGGCGGACUGCCGCCUAAUAAAUUAUACGCGCUCAAGUUGUUCUACCACUAUAAACGAAGUUGGAGUUCGGCCGCAUUCAGGUCGACUGGCGGUCGGUCGCCCAUCCCUGCAAUCGACGACAUUAGCAGGCCUACCUAUAUUCGAGAGCAUGAGUGGGUGAAACGUAGUCGAGUCCUGAGGCACAAGAAUGUCGUUGGUAUUUUGACGUGGUUUGAGGAUAUCAUUGAGGAUGAGCUGUGGGAGCAGCUACCUGAGCAUGUGAAGGGUGCUAUAGAUAAGUCAGCGUCUGCUCGCAGUGGUCGCCGUGCCCAGUUUGUAUUGUUUGAUCUCCACGAGCAAACAGUUGCGGAUUAUGUGAAAAGUCGUGGUGACAGACCAGUGCCCUAUGCACAGGCCAAGAAAUGGUCCAUGCAACUGGUGGAUGCUGUGUGUUUCUUGAAGGACAAAGGCAUAGUGCACUGUGACCUGAAAUUGGAACACUUGCUACUCAACAGCAAUGGCGACAUUGUCCUGGCAGGGAUUGGUCGUGAAAAGUACCUGGACCUCGAAAACGACUUGCAAUACUUUAGCUACGGUUUGGACAACACCCAGCAUGCUGCACCGGAGGUUCACAGACAGUCCUACUGCCGGGGAUGGUCGGUUGGCGGCGGCUGUUCAUGGACUGAGUAUGACAGGCAGACCGGCUGGACUGUGGGCGUCCUGAUAUACGAGUUUGUGAUGAAAGCUCAUCCGCUACCUGACUAUCCAGGCGCAUACAGAAAUGGUCACGAGGUGAUGUACAACAUGGAACAUGUCGACAUCAAACCAUUACCCAGUGAGUACGUAACUGAAUUCAACACGCUAGUGAUGACAUUGCUGGAACCGGACCCAGACAAACGUCCCAUCCUCACUGACACUCGACUAUGCCUGGAAGCACUUCACACCGGUUCAGCAGAUCACCUGCUCCAAGAAGUACCAAGGGCGCACCAGGAGCAUGAACAGCUCAAGGAAAGCACCAGCAAGCUACGUGAGGAGAAGUGUGUUCUGGAGAAUCGUCUCCAUGGUUACGACAGCGACGAAAGGGAACUCAAAGAGCGUCUCAGAGUGCUCGAAGAAGCAAUCGCCAAACUUGAGGAGCAGAGUGCAAACCUGAAUGUUCUCUUGUGGAAACAUGAGAGGACGCCACUAGUCACUGUUGUGCAAGAGAUUGCAGAGCGGCGCAGCAAACUGCGGGAACGCCUUACUGCUCUCAACACGGAGGACACGCAGGAUGUUGCAUCCACAUGGCUACUCUGCUCGGAUGUGGAGACGUUGCUGAAGGUCAUGGAGACGGCGAUGGCGCGAGUCAACGAGCUACACGUGCUUCGGGAGAGACUGCCGAUACCUUCGUUUCAUGAUUAUGCUAGGGGCCUUAAUUCCUGUUCGUCUCGAGGUGUAUCACGGCCAAUCCCUGCGUGGUGGAAAACUCGCCAAAAUAGGCAGACCGCAGCAAGUCAUGAUGUCACAAUCGACAAAGACAAGCUAGAAGCUAUCAGGAUUGCCUUUGCUGAGCUACAGACAGUGCGAAAGGAAUGUGUCAAGCAGCAAGACGAGGUUCACCAGCUUCGUAAAGAAAAUGCAAUGUUGUCAGUAAGAUGCAAGAGAACCGAGACAGCUUGUCAGACUCUCCGAGCUAAGAUUGGUCGCGCGGAAGAGAGAGUUUCCGCUGAUGAACGCCAUGUAGCCAAACUCCACGCACGGUUAGCUGAGUACGAUGAGAGACCCCUGCAUGUGCUGAGCAGAGAUGCGGCAGUGAUGCGCUCUGACCUAUCUCAACUCUGGUCCACUCCAGGUGAGACAAACGUCCAGGCUCACCAUGAACUGGAGGACGUGUAUCGACUGUACGACCUUUGCAAAAGCCUAGGUCUAGAUUUUGAUCUGAGUUAUCAGGGUCGCCAUGAAUGGAGCAAGCAUGUGGAUCGACUAGAUUCGCU